UCUACUGCCUGGACCUCUUAGGCGUGAAGGUGGACGUGUACUUCGCGUCGGAGGUGGACGAGGCCGCCAUGACGGUGUCUGAGAAGCACUUCCAUGGUCGCGUCACGAGGCUGGGCGACGUGAGGCACGUCACGGAUGACCAGAUCGCUGCCAUUGCCCCUAUAGACCUCGUCCUAGGAGGCUCCCCCUGCUCCGACCUCAGCAUCGUCAACCCCAAGAGGAAGGGCCUGUUUGACCCGUCUGGCACUGGCAUUCUUUUCUUCGAAUUCGUGCGUAUUUUAAAGAGCGUUGCUCGCGCUAAUAAAAAACAUCCGCUCUUGUGGCUCUUUGAAAACGUCGCAUCCAUGCCGACUGAGUACAGGAACACCAUUAGCAAGCAUCUGCAUUCAGAGCCGACGGCCGUGGACGCCAGGGCGUUCACACCCAUGAGCCGCACACGCUUGUUCUGGGGCAACAUUCCUGACUUGCACGACCUGAGCGGCCUGAGGACGACGACUCAGACGAGGCUGCAAGAUUUCGUCGAACAGGUGUUUGACCGGGAGGCGCAAGUGACGGAGCUGAGGUGCGUGACGACACAAGCGAACUCCACCACCGACAUCGCGGGUCAUUACUUCCCCAUGCGCAUGCGCGGUCGCCCCGACGCCAUCUGGAUAACUGAGAUCGAAAAGGUGUUCGGCUUCCCUGAGCACUUCACAGACGUGGGCAACCUGCAGCCUCGACAACGGCAGGCGCUCCUCGGCAAGGCCUGGAGUGUGGACGUCAUGCUGCGCAUCUUAGAGCCUCUCAAGGCAAUGUUUCCUGCCCUUCGUCAGUAAAGGAGGACAAGGAUAUCUUAGAGCCUCUAAAGGCAAUGUUUCCUGCCUUUCGUCAGUAGAGGAGGACAAGGAAAUCUUGGAGCCUCUCAAGGCAAUGUUUCCUGCCUUUCGUCAGUAGAGGAGGACAAUGAAAUCUUGGAGCCUCUCAAGGCAAUGUUU